AAUAAAAUUAUUUUGGAACAUGUAAGUCUAAAGUAAGAUUAUUAAAAUAAAUGUGCCAUAUGAUAUUAAUCUAGCAAGCUAAUACUUAAAGAGUAAGAUUCAAAAAAUAGUUAAGUGCAGUUAAUUUAAUUAGAUAUAAAAUAAUAAAUAUAAAUUGCACAGUGAAUAUAAUAAAGUCUGGUGUGAUUAUAUCUUAAAAAAAGUUACCAUAUAAUUAACCACUAUAGUGUUUUUUAUAUAUAAUAAUUUACUAAAAAUGUAAAUAAAUUCAAGUUGACAUAAACCAGUGAUAAUAAAUAUUAAUUUUUAAAACAUUUAAGAUUCUGUUAAAAAUCAGUCACCAUGUGUGAAAAAAGUGUUUGGUGUUUGUUUAUUUUAUUAACAAUCUUGUUAACAAAUGCAAAUUGGGCAGAUGGUGUCGAUGCGCCCUGUGAAUUGUACGAGAGCUCAAAUAUUGAAAAUGGCCAAAAAGGAAAAGAUGGUGCCAUUAUCCUGGACGGAAUUGUUUAUCCAAAGAAAUAUCAGUUCAUGUACAUGCCACCCAUGGUUCCAUUUCCAGAAGGAUUUGACAACGAGACUAUGCCCAUGAUUGAAGGCAUUGAUCUUCUUCUUAAUACAACGGCGGCGCUGAUUCCAGAUUAUCCUCAUCUCCGAGGUUGCACGUGCAAGUUACGCAAAUGCCUAAGAAAAUGUUGUCCAGUUGGUACUGGAUUAGUUGGUAAAAAUUGUGAGGUUGCCAAUGACUUACCAGAAUUUGCGCCCGAUAUAUAUUAUCACAGAAAUGCUGAUCUAAGACACCAUAAAUGGGAUAGAAGAUGGUUUGCUGUUGUUUCAGGAAAUACUUGCAAUAAUGGAUCGAGAUUCAUGCUUGAACCAGAUCAACAUAUGAGUGACAUCAACUAUUUGUACCUUAAUGGUUCUCUCUAUGUCCCAAAUUACGUAGGACCUCUGAAAUUUUUUGACCAUAAAUCUUACUGUGUCGAUUACAUGCAGUUUUCGAAUGAAACUAGUUGGACUUGGGGGACAUUGAUGUGCGUCAAUAUUGACAUGCAGUUGGAAACUGAUGUGAUUUUCCAAAUAUUUCCAGUCGGUUUGAUUAUAAGUAUAAUAUUUCUCAUCCUGACAUUUUUGGUCUAUCUGAUAUUGCCUGAAUUGCAUACAAUCCAUGGAAAAGCUCUGAUGCACUAUGUCGGUGCAUUGGCGACUGCAUAUUCCUUCCUGGCGGUCAUUCAGAUCAGCACCAGGAGCAUGGGCGAUGCAGAAUGCAUAUCUUAUGGCAUGAUCUGCUAUGUUGCCUUCAUUUUGAGCUACUUCUGGUUGAACAUCAUGAGUUUUGAUAUUUGGUGGGCAUUUAGUGGAAAAGGUGGUUUCCGAGGAGGAGUGCGCGAAGCUGAACGUAAGAAGUUUUUGUGCUACCUCUGCUACGCCUGGAUUGGAACAUUAAUUAUAGUGUCAAUAACAUCAGCAAUGCAGUUUCAUCCAAGUAUUCCUGAUCAGUACAGUCCAGGAUUUGGAGAUCAUAGAUGCUGGUUACGAGAUGCUGCCAUGUUCCCAUACUUCUAUUUCCCCAUGCUGAUCCUCAUAGUAGCCAACGUUUGCCUCUUUGCUGCGACUGCCUUCAAAAUCUUUUCCAUCAAACGCGAAACUAAAGUUCUUAGGCAAGAAGGAAGCACCAGGCAUACAAGUAAUAGUAAGGUUGAAGAUGACACACAAAGAUUCUGGCUGUACGUCAAAUUAUUCCUGGUGAUGGGAGUAAAUUGGUCGAUGGAAAUCCUGAGUUGGGCUGUUGGUGGAUCAAAAUGGCUUUGGAUUGCUACUGAUGUAUUCAACUCUAUCCAAGGGUUGUUGAUUUUCCUAAUUUUUGUUUUCAAACCAAAAAUUAAAAAGCUACUUAUCAGAAGGUACUAUACACUGCGCGGUAAGGCAAUUCCACCACACGCUGCCACCACCAAGAGUAUCAUAUCAAGUUCCAAUGUAACUCAAAUGACGAACGUCAAUGGUAAAACUGGUAUAAAUAAGAUUGAUAACGAUAGUAAACUUGAGAAAGCUUUACUUAAUUAAAUUUAAAUAUAACACUUCCAGUAACCAAACAAUAUUAUUCGUGUAUCUACACUUAAUUUUUAUUAUUUAACACAUUCACACGCGUCAAUAGCCAGACGCCGAACGCAGUAGAUGCGUUCGUCUUCCUUGCACUAAGAGUAGAGUUUUUUUUAGUAAAAUAAAACGUUUGUACCAAAAUUUUGUGCUGUAUUUUUUCAAACAGUUCAAUAGUUCCGUUUAUCAUGUUCUGAUUUUUUUUCCAGCUAACAUGUUCAGAAAUGUUAGCAAAGUAUAAGCGGCACAAGGUUAGUAGUGAAUGUGUUAAUAUUACUGUAUAUAAAAAAACAAUAUUACGUAAAUUAUGGUGGUCAACUUCAAAAUAUUCUACACAUCUAGAAACUUAAAAAUAUGUUCUGUUUUUCUCAAAAAUUACAAUUCAAAUAUACAAUGGUAACUGAUUUAUGCGCAUGAUGAGUAUACUCGUCAAAACACAAAAUUCUGCCAUUUCUUCAUGACGAGUAUACUCGUCAAUCACAGUUAACUGGUUAAAUUUGUGACUGCAGAAUUUGUAGGUGGGAAGAAGUGGAUUUUAAACAAAUUUUAAUAAUAUUAACUUAAUGAAUGAAAAGUAAAAUUUAUUUUAUUAAAGGGUAACAUCAUUGUAGGAUUAAUUACAAUAGAAAAUUAUUCAAUAAUGACGAUUUAUCGCAAGGCACGUAGAAUUUGAUGCGCAAUUUUGGAUGUAGAAAAAAAACACUUAAACAUUGUACAAUGCUUACACCUAGAGAAAUAUGAAACACUUAGGAAUUACGUAGGAUAUUUUAUAAAUAUAGAUUUUUGCAUAAUUGGCGAGUAUUGAAAUUAAUGAAAAAUUUGUAGCGGUGUUACCCUUUUAUAUUGCAAAAUUGCGAUAUAAUAUGAUUAUCACCUGGUAUCAAUUAAUUUUAAAUCAAUUUUACUCACCAGCUUUCAUCAUUCUCAGUAAUGCAAAGAAUUUUUUGUGGAUUUGGGAGGUAUAUACAUCAACCCUCUAUGGGCCCAUGUAACUUUAUAUUACAACUCAUCAUUUACUCCGUUUAGUAUCUACUGGUUGGCCACUCACAGUAUAAAAAAUUACUUUUGUAUAUCUCGUAUUUUAAAUUUUAUUGUUUUUAUUCAUUCAAUCUUUACUAUCGUUUUAACAAAUGAAAUUACACGGUUUCUUUGUUAUCACAUUUCAAAGAACUCGUUAUUCAUUAGUUA